AUGAACGCAACUACUACGGCACCGAUACUCAUGUCGGGCUACUUAUUCAACGAAACCAACAUUGGAAAUGAGAUCGGAGAAGUUUUGUUAGUGCGCACAAUGCCACUCACUGAGUUCCUCACAAAGAAACAGCUGUUUGGCGCCGGCUCGAUCAAGUUUAAAGAUGUGCGUAAUCCUCUAUUAGACGCGCUCGUCGUCUCAGCAACGAACGGCGCAGACAGUGUUUACCGACACGAGGUACCUACCAUCCACGAAUGUGUACUCUCGUGGUGCAUCCAGACUAUCAAAUCGUCAUAUGAGGGAGGAACAUAUAGCGAAGAGGUUCUAGCACGAUUCGAGAAUACGACAGUUCGCCAGUCCCCGUGGGAAAGCUUUGCGAUACCGGAAGAGGACGGCGGUGGCUUUGACACAUUUUACAUGCAAAACAUCAGCAUCGUGCCGCCAAUUUCAGAUCAAGAUCAUCCAGCUUCUAAAGUUUCCAACAAGGUCUACGGAACCAACAAUGUUACUGCAUAUAACAUCAUGAAUGUCUUCGACGACUUCUUUCCUUCGUACUACACUGCGGCGAGCGCUUCGGACACUCCAGUCUUGAGAUACAAGAACUAUGGCGGGAACGGAGCAGUGACUCGAGAGAUUGUCUCAAGCCCGUGGCAAGAACCGAAUGAUGUUGAUGCUCACGUUAGCAGAUUGGCUGUCGCUAUGACCAACGUUAUGAGGUCUGACGUCAACAGCAAUGAGAUGCUCAACGGUACUGCGUACUGGAUGGAAUCGUACGUCGAAGUACGUUGGCAAUGGUUGACGCUUCCCCUAGGGGUUCUCUUCGUUUCGCUGAUCUUUCUGGCUGCUACAAUCACCAAAUCUGCCCUUGAGCGUGACCGGGUAGGUAGGUGUAUGGAAAACAUCAGCUUAUGCGACUCUUUUGUAUGGGCUUCCGGACGAGGUCCAGAAAAAAAUCACACGUUCAUCCAGCACAGGAACACCAAGGACUAA